GGGCCGGAGGGGCGGCCCCGGGCGGGUCGCGUCCCGGGGUCUCCCCCGGCACAACCGCAGGGGCUGCGCCGCCACCCCGCCCCCGAGCCCGAGGUGCCCUCAGCAGGAGCGGGACCAGGAGACGGGCUGGGCCGGGCUGCCGGGUGGGUGUUCGAGAGACAGCUCCUGGUACUUCUGGUUAGACUAUAGUUUAGACCCAAGAGCUUGUUUGACCCUGACAGCUAAAGUACAGAGGCAAGGGAAAGAUUGUUGGUUUUGAUUGUGAAGAAGCAAGCUUUCAUCCAUUUGCUUAGAAGCCUAUUAUGUUGGGAUUGGCAAGAAAUCUACCCACAGCUUUCUGCAUCUAGGUUUGACUCAACAUUCAGAAGAGAAGUAAGAAACAGUCCUCUCAAUGGAAGAUGACAAUGAACCUGAGCAAAGCUCCUGGGCCCAUCUACCUGAUGUCUGUCUGAGGCAUGUCUUCCAUUGGUUAGAUGACAGGGACAGGUCUCGGGCUGCCUUGGUCUGUAAAAAAUGGAGUUGUGCUAUGUACUCUGGAUCUCUCUGGAGAUGCAGAACCAUCACAUUCUAUGGCCAGCCAUCAAGGGCACGCACAUUGGAGUUUCAAAGUGCAUUGUGGUACACCAAGAAAUUUGGCAAGUAUUUGAAGCACCUUGAGGUCAAGUUAUCGAAUCCUUACAAUACUCCCUUUAUCAAAAAAUUUCAAGUGACUAUGAAAGGUCUUCUUUCUCACCUGGGUAAGUGUAAUAGUCACCUAGUAUCCCUGAGCAUCAAGUACCUAGAAUUAGACGGCUUGAUCUGGAAAAAUGUGGUCAGGGCUCAGUUUAUCAAGAACUUAGCUACCUUCCUGAAAAGAAUGAGCAAACAGCUUGAUUAUCUCAACUUAAAAGGAGCAAGAAUAACUUUGGAAGAAGGCUGUGAACUUCUGAAUUCUCUGAGCAGCUUGACAAAUAGAAGCUUUAUAUCUGAAAUCAAUAUUGAGGAUUUCUUCAGUCUCCACCUUUCUGUCUACAGCAGUGCCUUGUUCCACCAAACUAUGUCUAAGUUCCACAGCCUGACCAUCCUGACUUUCAACUAUAACUGCAUCUCUGAUGAACUGCUGGACAUCCUGCGGGAGCACAGCUCUCAUUCUCUGUGCACCUUGAAUAUCAAGUGUCAUAUCCAUGACCCUCAUGGGCAAGUGGUCUCGGGAAUGUCAUGGGCAAAUUUGGCCAAGAGAGCCCCAAAACUGAAUGUGAACUUCUUCUUUGAAAGAGUCAUGAAGCAUGAUCACCUAGCCAGGAUCCUGCUAGUGGAGAUCCCAGUUAGGAGCAUCAGCCUACGGAGCUGCUAUUUCAGUGACCCAGACUGGACAAUGAGACCUACCCUCACUAACCUUCUCCCAGCCUACUGGCAUGGUCUGCAGAAAUUAACACUUGAAUUAAACAAUGACCGUGAGUUGCUGGACAAUGAGCUGCUACAGCUUAUCUUAUCAUGCAAGAGGUUGUUAUUUCUGAAAGUCUGGGCAUUUCUAAGUGUCACCUUUAUGGAGAGGCUGCUACAAAACCGUGCAGAAAAGAAGUGCAUUCUGACUACCAUAAAGGUCAGGAUUUACACUGCCCAAUAUGACAGCACUGAGGAGGAGCGGCUGUUGGCUGAUAUUUACAGGAAGUUCAAAUACCUGAUUGACUCAGAACUUAAUUAUUUUGUCAUCACCUACCCAAUGGUGUAAACCACAGCGAGAGAAGAACACCCAGUGACAUUUGCAUUAACGGAUCCUUCAGAAGGUUUUAGUAGGAGAUUUGAAUCUUCACAGCAAUGCCUCUGAAAGGGAGAUACCAUUACAGCAAGAGAGAGGCAAGGGACAAUUUUACACUCCAUGCAUUAAAAUGUUGGACUUGGGAACUGGCCUCCUGUGUCUCCAGCAUCAUUUAUUCUUGCCCUUUUUUGCUUUUCCUUGCAAGAACCAAAGGAACCCUUUUCCAUCUUUAAAGGCAUCUCUGGUAAAAAGAAUGCCCUCCUCUUUUUUCAGCACUUCUCAUUGUAGAGCUUCAAACACUUUACCAUUGAAGCAUCUCGUCGUUUCCAUUUUAUGAAUAGGAAAA